UGGCUCAUUUGACUUGUGAGCACAGUGUUGAAAUGAUUCGGCUACUCACAACGCUUCUAUAUGGCCUGCUCCUCGUCUCCCCCCCCGCCGAUGUGCUGGCCCGGCAUAAUGACCGCAAGUCGGCGAACGAGGCGAGUCUCUAUAGCGAUACAGACAAUGUGAUUAUGCUGGACAUCGAGUCGCUCAGGCCGGCUCUCAACUUGAAGAGCAGCAAGCUGGUGCAGUUCCUCAACAGCUUCUGCGGCGACUGUCAUCGCUUCGCACCGGUCUUCAAGACCCUUGCCCGCGACCUCUACAAGUGGCGGAGAGUGCUCCGCAUCUAUGCCGUGGACUGUGCCCAGGAGCGAAAUGCCCAACUCUGCAGGGAGUUCAACAUACGGCAGACGCCGUCACUGCGAUUCUUCGGUCCCGACCUGAGAAAGAACGAUGAUGUUCUUGGUGCGGUAAUCCCAGGCCAAGAUCCCAAGUUGAUUCGCUCCACACUGGCCGAACUGGUAUCCCAAAAUGACUAUGGACCCGGUCAGCCAAACUUCCGUCCCCUAAAACCAACUGGCAUGGGAAUCUUCCUCGAUCCUCAAGCCGAUGAAAGUGCGGUGCAGUUUCUGGCUCUUGUGCUCCAGCCAACCAAUUCUAAGAUCGGCAGGGACACGCUGCUGGAACUGCUGCCAUUCAGAGUGCUUUCGGUGAGGAUCAUCGAAAGUCCGCAGAUAUUUGCCUCAUUCGGACUGCAUCCCUCCGAUCAAAAACUGGCUAUCAUAGAUGGCAAUGGAACCGCCCAAUACCUGGCACCUGCGUCGGACUCCAGUGAAGCGUAUGCAAGCGCUGUUGGUGAUUUCCUGAGGAACCUCAAUUUCCAGCCAGAUCCACCACUGCCCAUCGCUGCAGCACCCAACUUCACCGAGUUCCUGGACCACCAACAUCAAGCGAUCCUUGCCAAGGUCCUGGCGCCACCACUAAAGGUCUAUCGUGCCGACUUGGAGCAGGCCAUCGACAAACUGCUGCACAUUGAGCUGCGUAAAUGGGUGCUCCUGGAGGGUAAUAGCCUGAAUGCCCUUAAGAAUAUUAUUAAGAUUUUCAGAUACCAUAACCCCUUGAACAAGGACGGCAAGCUUUUGCUGACGGAUCUGGACAACUCGUUGAGCACUAAGCAGAGCAUAAAGGGAGCAGACUUUGGCGAUUUGGUUGAUUCGCUGGAGAAGGGACGAAGGGUAUUCAAAGCUAGGCGUUACAUUGGCUGCAUUGGAUCACGUCCGCUGCUGCGCAGCUUCACCUGCUCCAUGUGGACACUGUUCCACCACUUGACCGUGGAGGCAGCGAAGCCACCGAAUUACUUCCAGGUGGGCUCCAUACUGAGAACCUUUCAUGGCUUCGCCAAGUACUUCUUCGGCUGCACGGAUUGCUCGCAGCACUUUCAGCAGAUGGCCAUUCGGCGCAAUCUGACCUCGGUGAAAAGCCACGACGAGGAGAUCCUCUGGCUGUGGGCAGCCCACAACGAAGUCAAUCAACGCAUUGCCGGUGACUCCACGGAGGAUCCCAAGUUCCCGAAGAUUCAGUUCCCCAGCCCGCUGAAUUGUCCCACCUGUCGUUCGAAUGACUCGGAGUGGCGAACUGAUGAAGUUCUAAAGUAUUUGAAACAGUUGUACGAUAUCAAGAAUGUUAGCUUCUAUGGCCUUCCCACUCCACAGGGAUAUGAUUAGGGAUUUUUAUUGAAAAAUUAAAUUUGAAUAAUCUUAACACUUGCUGCAUGAAAAGUUUUGUACAAUUGUUAUCUCUCCAGCCAUCAAGUUAUGAAAUAAAUAUAAUACAAAUAAUA